GUGAAGGUGAAUUCUUAAAAAGUGUGUAAAUGUGUCCAAAUCUUGCAGAUCAAGUCUGUCGACAAGUGGAGCUAAUUCACUAUUAAACAGGAGACAUCUUUUUUUUCACUCUCAUCUGCCAGAUCUUGUAAGCUAAAAUGGCAAAGAAAAUAGCCGUGAUUGGCUCAGGUGCCAGUGGACUGACGGCUAUUAAAUGCUGUUUAGACGAACAGUUAGAACCGGUAUGUUUUGAAAGAACGGACUAUAUUGGUGGCUUGUGGCGUUAUAGCGACGAAGUCCGAGAUGGUCAGUCAUGCGUUAUGAAAAGCACUUGCAUCAACACCAGUAAGGAAAUGAUGUGUUAUAGUGACUACCCUAUACCUAAAGAAUAUCCGAUCUUUAUGCAUAACACACAGGUUUGGGAAUACUUCAAUCAAUAUGCGACUGACUUCAAAUUAUGCCAAUAUAUUCGAUUCGAGACAGAGGUACUUAGUGUAAAAAGAUCUGAUGACUUCGAUGAAACAGGCCGAUGGGAUAUACAGGUGAAAGACUUAAAAACAGGCAAGACAGAGGAUUUAGUUUUUGAUGGCGUUUUGGUUUGUACUGGGCACCAUGCUGACAAAAAUGAACCCGUUUUUUCUGGUAUGGACGAAUUUGAAGGUAAAAUUGUCCAUUCACAUGACUAUCGGCAUUAUGCUGGUUAUGAAGGUAAAAGAGUUAUUGUUGUUGGAAUUGGUAAUUCUGGUGGUGAUGCUGCUGUAGAACUGAGCCGUGUAGCUUCUCAGGUUUUUCUUAGCACCAGAAGAGGAAGCUGGGUUCUGAACAGAGUAUCUGAUAAUGGCCUUCCUGUUGAUAUGAUUAAAUUCAACCGCGUUGCCGCAUUAAUGCAACGGAUAGUACCGACAUCACUUUUAAAUGGAUUUUUGAAAAAAGUAUUGAACAGUAGAUUUGAUCAUGCUGCUUAUUCCAUGAAACCUGACCACCAACCUCUCUCCCAGCACCCGACAGUUAACGACGAAUUACCCAACAGAAUCAUCUGUGGAUCUGUGAAAGUCAAAACUGACAUCAAGCGACUGACCAAAAAUAGUGUGGAAUUUAUCGACGGUACGAAGGAGGAUAACAUAGAUGCCAUUAUAACUGCGACUGGCUAUAAAUUUGGUUUUCCGUUCGUGGACAAGUCUGUGAUUGAUGUUAAAGACAACAGAGUACAGUUGUUUAAGUAUAUGUUUCCACCAGAUUUAAAGAAACACACUAUAGCUUUUAUAGGCUGUUUCCAACCAGUUGGCGCCCUUAUGCCGGUAUCAGAACUACAAUGUCGUAUUGCUACUAGGGUCUUUAAGGGUGAUUUACAGCUACCAUCGAAUGAAGAUAUGUGGAAGGAUAUUAGAGAUAAAGAAGCUCGCUUGAGGAAACGAUACGUCCAAUCAUCACGUCACACCAUUCAAGUUGAUUACUGCCCCUUUAUGGAUGAACUAGCUGAAUUAAAUGGAUGUAAAAUCGAUUUCUUUAGGUUAUUUAGGAGUGAUCCUAAACUGGCGUUAACGUGUUUCUUUGGGCCUACUACACCAUACCAAUACAGAUUGUUUGGUCCAGGAAAAUGGCCGAAAGCAAAAGAAGCCGUCUAUACGGCCUGGGAGAGGACAUUUUAUCCGUUAAGGACACGACCAGUAAAAAUGGAAGAAAAAUCCUACAUGAUGCUUUAUUUUAUGUUAGCUGUUAUCGUAUUGUUACUGGCUUAUUUCUUUUUCUAAUUUUUGAAUCACUUAAACCAGAGCCAAAAGAUGUUCUGGUCAUGGUCGCCAUUUUGUUGUCCAAUCUGUUAGUUUAACAGAUCUACUAUUAUAACAUAACAAAUAUAAAAUAAUGAAUGUCGGAGAAAACAAAUGGAAUGAUAGUUAUGUAUAAGGUACAUGUAUAACAGGUCACAGGCGGGGACUCUGUAAGAACCAGUAAUAGCAUAGCACUAAGAUCAGACACCAAUAGCAAUUACGAAAAUAGUUUUCCAUUUUGUUACCCAAUAACAAUUGAGAAAACAAUUCGCCAUUUUGUAAUCAAAUCACAAUUGAGAAAAUAGUUGGCCAUUUUGUUACCCAAUAAAAAUUGAGAAAAUAGUUGGCCAUUUGGUUACCCAAUAACAAUUGAGAAAACAGUUGGCCAUUGUCUUAUUAAAUCACAAUUAAGACAAUAGCUGGCCAGAUAUUAUCACCACUAGAAGCAACAAAUUCCAGAACAAGCCAGAACUCAUACCAAAAUGGCCGCUUUAUACAAAUGAGUAUUUAGUUUAUUUAGUAAGGUCGAAGUAUUGGAUGUGAAACAAAACCAAGAUGAAACAGACCAUUUGGCCUUUGCACUGCCCCGUCCAUAUAUCACCUAUUUCACAUAGUAGACAAAGUGACAAUUUUGUGAGAAUUAUUAAAUUAGUUAUUUUUCAUUUGACAAAUAUGAAUGCAAAUAAAAACCAAACCGCUCCGUUUUAAUUCAAAUAUAUAUGUACGUAAAAACUUUGAAUUAUAACUGGGGUCCAUAUGGACCCCAUGAUACCUGCUAUGUGAUUUUCACAACGUGCACCCACAGGGGUUAAUAGGAUUACAGUAAUGGAUUGUACACUAAUAAUUAAUAUAACUGAUAUUAGUAUACGUUUAUUGAUUGAUGAAUUAAAGAAAUAUCCU